CAGCGCUCACACGACUCUGGCGCAGGGGACGCAGAACUUUUUUCCGCGACUUUGGGAGAGCAGCACGUUGCACCUCGACGAAUCACUCCCGCAAACCAAGUUAAUUCCUCCCCCCAAUCCCUCCGCCCACGCGAAUCCCCUCGAGCACGGCACGGCACUGCCACUCCUACGCGAGGCGUGCGACCCGGGGCCAAUUUGCCCUCUUUCACUCUUGGCCUCAUGAAGAGGUUACGGGCGGCACGAUGGAGCGGGCAAUUGCUCCAAGCUCGCGCUGGAGCUUGCCCGGCCGCCGCCUCUAGACGACAGCCCUUUUUCAUCCACGCCCUCCGCUGCCAGUCCUCAUCUGCCGCCGCCGCCUCGGAGCAUCACGCGCCCACACUCGAGGCCGAGGAGGAGGCCAGGAUACCGCUGCCCUCGCCGCCGCACCACCGGGCCGCCGACUCGGCCAAGCUCGCCGCCAUGCACGCCCGCCUGUCGCUCUCCAAGAAGAUUCCCCUCGAGACGCUCGCCCGCUGCCUCGUCACCCCGUCCGCCGACUCCAGUCCGGGCUUCAACAACUCGAGCCUCGCCUUCCUCGGCAGCACGCUCGUCAACUACCACGUGCUCGAAUACCUCGUCUGCAAGUGGCCGCGUCUGCCCAUGGCCAUUCUGUACGAGGCCCUGCGCGCCUACGCCGGCCCCGAGUCGCUGCAGCAAGUCGCCCGGCGAUGGGGCGUCGAGGCGGCCGCCGCGCCCGGCGAGGAGGUCGACCCGGGCCUGCUACAAUGGACGCCGCAUCACGCCGCCACAGACCAGCCCACGCUCCACGCCCGAUGGGGCUACGUGCGGUCUGAGGCGCAGAGGAAUGCCGAGUACCGCCGCGGCAUCAGCAGCCGGGUCGUCCUCGACGACGACUUCGGCGAUGCCCUGGCCAAGCCCGUAAAGGAGGGAGAGGGCGCCGCGGAGGGCAGCGAGCACCUGCAGGAUGAGGCCUUUGCCUCGUUCGUCCGCUCCGUCGUCGGGUCGAUAUACGCCCACUGCGGCCGCGAAGCCGCCAAGGCGUUUGUGACAUCACACAUCCUAUCUCGGCAGAUUGACCCGUCGGUGCUCUUCGAGUUCAAGCUGCCGACGCGCGAGCUCGCCAUGCUGUGCGCCCGCGAGGGCUUCGAGGCGCCGCUGGCCCGGCUGGAGAGCGAGACGGGCCGGCUGUCGCGGACGCCCGUCUAUGUGGUCGGCAUCUACAGCGGCAAGGAGAAGCUGGGAGAGGGCGCCGGGCCGAGCCUCGACAUCGCGAGGCGGAAGGCGUCGAUGAACGCCCUCAAGGCUUGGUACCUGUACAGCCCCGGGAACAAGGUGCGGGUGCCGAGCGACACGAUGGAGGAGGGCGCGCAGCCGUGGAAGGCGCCGCACAUCGACAUCGGAGAGAUCAUCUAAACGUUUCGAGACGUCACGGCGGACGGGCGGCGGGACUGGCGUACGAGGUACAGUGAUGAUGGUGCUGGGUGGACUGGAAGCGGGUUUGGAUCAUACGACCCAUCAUCGGCGUAUGUACAUUAACAACACUCUGUAAAACAAAACAAAUCAAGGCUCAUUGCGGCACGGGCAGACCAAAAGCCAACAUGGCUACGUAGUUGGCUUUUCACUGUAUUUGCAUUAAAAUGUCUAGGGCAGAUGGCCUCC